AUGCAGCAUGCGAUAGCACCAGCACAGAUCAAGUGCAACAACGAACAACCCAUCUGCUCGAACUGCAAAAUCUACGACAAAGCAUGCGUAUACGUCCCACUAAACCAGCCGGGUGACGGGAGGAGAGACGGCGCCGACGCAGCCGGCUCAACAGCUUCUCCCUCAGCACACCCCAGUACCCCGUCCCGGCGAAAGACAGCCAGGGUCGCGGUGCCAUUCAGUCGCAAGACGCCCGCCACAUCGGCCAGCCACGGCCGGCCUACCACUGGAAGCGCUUACAACGAUGGCAUAGGCGCGCGGGACUUCGCCGCCGUCGAGAACGAUCCAUCUCGGGCCGGGGGCAGCUCUCUUGCCCAGGGUCAACUCCCAAGGCAUGGCGCUGGCGACUCGCGCAUCGUUGUCUCCUCAAACGGCACUUCCAGCUACCAUGGUCACACUAGCACUCUGUAUGAGGAGCAAGGACCGCCGGAGGGGGACGGUCGACCGCGCAUCCCCGACGAAUGGAUUGGGAAAGGGCUGGUCGCUGAAGCCGCGCGACAACGUCAGCUCGAGGAGCUCAACUUCCACACUGGGAAGCUAGACUUUGACGGCGUGGAUCCCGACCUGGGCAUGCAUCUGCUGAACCUGCAUUGGAAUCGCCAGCACCAUUCAUUCAACAUCACCUACCGGCCGGCUUUCAUGCGGGACAUGGCGUCCGACGGCCCCUACUUUUCCAAGUUGCUGCUGAAUGCACUUUAUUUUGGCGCCUCCAAAUUCUCCCCGCGGUUCGAAGUAAGGAAGGACCCGGCUGAUGUUCGCACUGCGGGAUGGAAGUACAGGGAGCGCGUGCGUAAGCUCUUGGGCAGUGCGCUGGAUCAGAGUGACAUAACCACCAUCCAAGCCCUACUCGUCAUGUCCAACUCCCUCUUUGCAUUGGGUGACGAGAGAAGCGCUGCUUGGCUGUAUGCAGGGUUGGCUUUCCGUAUGAUUAUUGACUUGGGAAUGCAUGUCGAUGUGGAGGGCAAGGCCAGUGCGCGCAGGUUUACCCACGAGGACUUGGAGAUCCGGAGACGCGUCUUCUGGGCUGCAUUUAUUGUUGACAAAAUUCAGAGUCUCUAUCAAGGACGACCGGUGACCUUGAAAGAAUCCGACACACUCAUGCCCAUCAAAUUCCUCGACACAUACGAAGAGUUUGAGUACUGGAGGCCGAUGGCAUUCAGUUUACAGAGCACCGAGUACCAGGGGACCCCAGCCUACAGUGUAUCAACUUUCACAGCGCUCUGCCGCCUAUCCGUUGUGAUGAGUGACAUUCUAAGCGACGUUUACGCAGAGCGAACCUUUGACAAGAUGCCAUCCGAGCUGUCAGCGCUUCUCGAGAACCUUGACAACAAACUCAAGGCAUGGAAGUCGUCAUUGCCAGAUCACCUUACUAUGGACUCUAAGAAUGUCUUGAAGGCAAAGCCGCCACACGUCUUUAGUCUCAACGCUAUGUACCAUGUCCUGUGUAUCCUGCUGCACCGCCCGUUUGUGGCAGACGGUCAUCUUUAUGGAAACUUGAGAGACAUAUCGGUCAAAUCUUUGAUUACCUGCGCCUCCGCUGCUGACCACAUCGUCACAUUGUUGCGCGCCUAUGACCACGCGUUUGCGGUAGCGCGUGCACCCUACCUAAUAUCAUAUGCUUGCUACGUUGCGGCCACCAUUCAUGUGCGCAUUGCUGCCAAACGGAGGGCCGAUUCCGAAGCGCACAGUAACCUGGCCACAUGCCUAGCCGUCUUUAACCGCAACCAGGAGACAAACAGAGCCAUUCAGCGAGCGCAGCACAUCAUCCAGGGCCUGAUGAAGCGGCUGGGGGUCCCAGAGCCGCGGCCCGACUUUAUAUCGGCUUGGAGCGGGAGAGAAGAGCUAGCGGCACGUGGCACAUCCGAACCCAUCCUCCAAGCGACGUCCAAUGCUGCGGGCGGUCGAAGUGAGCAGGGCGGCGCUUGCGAGCAGGAUGCCUCUGUCACUCAGCCACCGGAGCCGCGGCUUUCCCCCCGUUCAGACUUUGCAGACGGGGCACUAGAGAGCUCGGAUUCCCCGGCAAGAGGGUGGUCUGAUAUUGAUGGCAUCAUCCAAAGCUUCGUCCGAGCCCCAGAGACCACCUCGCAGCAAGGAAUAGACUUGACGUACGAGCUCCCAGGAAGUGCUGAGGGCGGCCCCAAUAGCAUGGGCCAGCCACGGGCACAGAGAUUUACCUAUAAGAACACCUUGCGGAGCCAACAAAAUACAUUUCCACAGCCAGAGUAUGGGUUGGCUACGAGCGAUAGAGACAUGCCGUGGCCGCAGGGAAUGGCGGAUGGUUCCGUGUCUAUAGAUGACUUGUUGUUCGGUCUAAACAGCGCUGCGCUCGACAGCUUUCAGUUUUAA